AUGUCAUCCACUACGAGUGAUGUGAACGACUGGACUCGUUCUGAUAUCUAUCACAACAGUUUUCUCAUUCCACCGGAUGCUACUCUCGAUUCUGCUUUGAAGUUGAGCGAACAAAACGGACUUCCUCCUAUUCAAGCUCAUCGUAUAUUGGAAGUAGGAACACUCGGAGGAUAUUCCACAAUUUGGUUUGCAAAGGCACUUCCACCUGAUGGUGAAAUCAUCACUUGUGAAAUCUCUGAACACUAUGCAAAGGUUGCUCAACAAAAUAUCGACCACGCUGGUUUAACUAGUAGAGUAAAGAUCGUUCUUGGUCCUGCGAUAGACACACUUUCUCGUCUCCAUUCCGAUGAAACCUUUGAUUUAGCUUUCAUCGAUGCUGACAAACAAUCAAACGUCGACUAUUUCAUUCAAGCAAAGCGAUUAGUCAGAAAUCAAGGCGUGAUUAUCGUUGACAAUGUCGUCCGUAGUGGACGUGUAGCUGAUCCAAUACAAAGUGAUCCUAGUGUUGACGGUGUUCGUCGCCUCUUACAAUAUAUUCAUAAUGAUUCUACAGUUGAAGCAACUACCAUGGGAACUGUCGGAGAAAAGGGCUACGAUGGAUUUUUAUUUGCUAUUAAUAAACCGCGAUGA